GUAGCCACACGCGCAGAACUACAGCUCCCGUGACACACUGCGCUGCUGGGAUCUGUCUCUCCACCCCUCUGCAUCUGCAUCUGAGAAGAGUAGCGGAGGAUCGCGGCCACAGAGUCACAGCAGCACCGGACCGGUACGGUGUGUGUGUGUGUGUGUGUGUGUGUGUGUGGUACACAUCGCAGUGCGCACUGCAGCUCAGCCUCACUGACACUGUGUCCUCUGCGAUCGUUUGUAAACACGGCAUGCUGUUUGAGAGCUGCUGUGAGUCCACUGAACCUGCGCUGAUCACAUAAACAUCGAGAGCGGAGGAACAGCUGAUCCACGGAUGGUCGUCUGAGGCAACAAUCACCAGAGCCAAACAAGUGUUCAGCCUCUGCAGUGAAGUGCAUUUGGUCGAUGAAGGCGACUCAUCAUUGUGAUGUAUAAUGGCUCCUGCGCUGAGUGCUAUGUUGGGGUCAGAGGUCGCAGGGGCAGCGGUGCUGGCUAAAGGGGAGCUGGCACUUGUAGGCACGCUCACGGCGCUCACGGCUUUCCUGCUGCUAUCUGUCCUGUUGCUGCUGUGUGCGAGCUGCCAGGGGCAGAAAAAAGGGGGGCCGCCAGGAGACCAUGAAAACCUGAUGAAUGGGGUGUCAGAAAAGGAAGUAUGUAGCCAGUCAGUAGAGAGCCAUGGGACUGACUUGGCGAUCAGCAGCUCUCAUAAUGGGCCUCUUACCAGUGGUACAGUACUAACAGACACAAUGGACACAAGUCCCCAGCCUUCAGAAGACAUGCUGUCCAGCCAAUCAGAGAUCAGAUCCUCUAAGUAUCACCAGGAUCGUGAAUUACCCAGCAUUCCACCCACCGAUACCCUCAAAGCAGCCAUCGAUACGCAAGCUCCCGCAGGAGAAGGCACGUAUGAGGUGGUGAAGGACAGCGCUUCCCGUGAUGUCAGUGUCGAGGAUUGUCUAUACGAGACAGUGAAAGAACUCAAGGACAUUGGUCUUUCCAACGGUACACUAAGCCCAGAGGAACCAUCUGCACCUCUUAUUAAUGGCCACCCAAGCCCUGCUACACCAGACCACACCAUGCUGCCCAAUGGUGUGGAGUAUGCCUCUGUCAACCUCAGCAAGAAGAGCCGCUACAGCACUGACAUGGAGGCCAGGCGCUCGGCUGCCAUUGUGAAUUUCGAAGAGCCUGAGGAUGAAAAACCACCUCCUGUACCAGACAAAGCACUGGAUGAGAAUGAGAAUCAGCAGAUUCCGAAUGGACAGUUACACUCACCACUGACAACUCCAGAGCUUCAGGACAGCGUGUCUCCGGACAGUGAGUUAUCAGACAUGUACUCCAAGGUAGUGAAGAAUUCUAUAAAGGAAGCUGAAAAUGACUACAGCAGCAUUGGAGACAUCAAGGGAAUGGUGCCGGAGUCGACUUCCAGUGAUCUUUACGCCACGGUUGGGGAUGAAUACCCAUUGGCUCUUUGCUCCCAGCCUCCAGAGGGCCUGACAGAGAAUGCAGACCCUGGGUACGAGACCAUCAAGAUCUCCAAAGCAUCUGAAGAGGCUCAUCAGGGCAAUGGGAUAGUGGAACCUGACUACGAGAGUGUCGGGGAACUGGGUCUCAAUGGGGAGAUCUCCCGUCUCUGACCAUUCAACUAAUGGACUGUGGACAAUGAGAGAUGACUUCUCUGAGGUUCAGAAGUGGAAGUUGGGGUGGUAUCGUGCACUUAACCUUGAAUGUUUUUGAACACAGCAUUUAUGCAGCGCAUUGUUUUUGAAUAUUAUAAAUGAAAGAGUUCAUUCAGACCCGUGACCCAGCACAGGAAAUGAAACACUCUAGAGUUUCUCAGAAGAGGGUUUGUUGUGCUAUUCAUCUAUAUUUGGGUGCCACAAACCCAAGUUGGCCCUUAGGUGUCCCUCAUUGGCAUCAUUUAUGAUGGAUAUGUUCCCACCACUUUGCCAAUUUUGUCCACACACAUUAUGAAAUAGCUUGCAGUAGGGAUGCAUCUAAUAGAUUUGUUGAGCUGGAGUUUGCAGAGCAUUUGUUAUUUUUAAUGUUUUCUGGGCAGUUGAUGUGGGCAACGAUGGCUGUUGCUCUCUAAUACAUACGCCGGCUCUAAUCACUUUCCAUGGCUUGUUCCCGUUCUAGUGAAACCACAAAACCAAAUGCUAACAAAUGUGUCCCCACUGCUGAUAUCCACUAAUGUACAGCUGUAAUUAUGGUUUAUUAAAAUAAAGAGUUAAAUUAGGGCGAAUUGGAGCCUGAAACCUCUUAUACACAAAGGAAUACUUUUUGCUAGACCAAAGAUUAAACAUUUACACAUGUAUAAAUAUUAAGCAAGAAUAACUGCUGCAUUGUGAACAUGGCAACACAAAUGUGACUGAAAUUAAUUUAAAUGAUAAAAAACGUAUAAUGCUAAUGUUCAGAUUUGAUAUAAAAUAUGCUACUUCACACGUGAACUGUACAUCACUUAUCAGAAUAGCAAAAGAUCAUGUUUAAUUAUGUUUGCAUAUCCUAAUUAAUAUACAUGAGCGAAGCCUUCGCCGUUUUGUGACAUAAUAAGCAGCUGUGUAACCCCCUUCCCAAGUUUCCACCACUUUUUAAAACAAAGUGACACCAAUGGCUGUGCUCUUACAAGAAAUAUUUUAUUCAUAAUGUGUACUAGUAGUUUCCUCGCGUUUGCACGCUGCACCUGCUGUGACCUCCACUCUGCCUGCCUGUUUUCACGUGAUACUAGUAGAGCAACUGACAGAGUUGUGUCCUUAUAUAACCCCAAGAAGAGAACCAAUCAGAUCGAGUCAACAGUAGACCUCUCAGCUCAGUCUAUUAAGGAACUACACUCAUUUUAAUCACUCAGAACUGCUGGCGCAUUUACUUUCACAAGUAGUAAGCAAGCGAUGUUCACAUAAAGCAUAUCAAAAUAUAAAAGAAGAUCGUUUAAAUGUUGCCAUCAUUCUGAGCCAUUGUUUUAUAUUUAGUGUGUCAAAUCACAGGCUCUGGUGAGGAAGUGACCUUUUAGGUACGAAAAGUUAAGCAGACUCAUUUAUGAGUGUACUAAAAGGGUUUUAAUGUAAAGUUGGCUAUUUAUUGCUGGUGUGAAUACACAUCCUUUCAGUUGUUCACUUAUUGCCAUUCGUGAUGUAAUUGAGCUAUGUUAUCAAUAUGUAUGUGUGAAUGUUCUUUUUUUUAUUGACCCAGCUGUAUUGAUUGAGUAUCAGAUAUAUUAUAUAUUUCAGAUAUAUCAGUUUGGUUUUUACAUGUAAUAGGUACGCAACAUUUCAAAAGGCUGAAAAGCACAGGAGAAAAGAGACAUGGUACUGCCACACUGAAGCUUUGCCUGGCAGCUUAUGUACUUUAUUAUCAGGUAUGCAUUUAGCUGCUUUAACAUUCAUGUAGCAGUAUAAUCAAAAAAGCAUAACGCAUCCAGACGCUGCAUGGGACAACUUCAUGCCAAGAGACACUUGUAAAUAUUCAAAAAAACUAUUAUGAUCUAUUAAAUUAUGUCAAUGUUUAAGUAUAGUUCUGUCAUAAUUGGCAGCAGCUCUCAAAUGACAGCACGUGGAACUUUUACAGUUUGUUUGUAUUGAGGAAACUUUAAGAGUCAUUGGAAUAUAUGCUGUUUUCUAGAUACAUUUUUAAGUAAAGAAAGUUUAAUGGAGGUUUAUUAACAUUUAAAAGGCUAAUAACAGGAAUUUGUAUUUCUUUGGAGUUCUUUAGCACUGUUUAAAAUCUGAGGAUUAAUUAAGGACUGUGGAUGGUGUCAAAAUGUUGUCUGUGUUUGCUUGUAAUGGUACGUCGUGUUGGUACAGGUUCCACUUUCUUGCAAGAAGAUUCUUGUUUUAUUUAAUAUCAUGGUGAAACAUUGAACAUUUGGUUUCUCCCUCUAACCAAAUUUUGUGUAUUAAGUUGUAAAUAAGAAUGAAUUUGACAUUUACUUCAUCAUAAUCAUAUUGUGGUAUUUGCUUAAAUAAACAAUAUAGUCAUGCUGGACUAAUAAUAUAA